CAUCCAAAUCAGCCACACCAAAGACUAGACACUCCCAAUUUUCUGGAAAACAAAAACACCAUUGUGGUUGCUAUCAGCACCGUCACAUUUCAUCCAAAUCAGCCCCACCAAUGACUCGGCACUCCCAAUUUUCUGUAAUAGGAAAACAAAAGGCAAAAUUAAAUAUUUAUAUUAAACAGAUCACAGUGGCUACAGAGUACCAGACGGAAACCCUAAUUUACCUCCGGGAUUUGAUCGGGAAGAAUCGAAGAAGACGACGAAGAACAAGAGGUAGUAGUAGACGAGGGUAAUAAGAGUGAUUUCAAGAAAAGCGGGCGACGUAAGAUGGGAAAAAAGAAGAAGAGAGCAUCUUCGAAGAUGUGGUGCUAUUACUGCGAUCGUGAAUUCGACGACGAGAAGAUCCUGGUGCAGCACCAGAAAGCGAAGCACUUCAAGUGCCAUGUCUGCCACAAAAAGCUUUCAACUGCCAGUGGAAUGGCUAUCCACGUCCUUCAGGUCCACAAAGAGAACGUCACCAAGGUUCCCAAUGCAAAACCUGGCAGAGAAUCAACGGAAAUUGAGAUAUAUGGGAUGCAAGGAAUUCCUCAAGAUGUCUUGGCUGCUCACCAUGGAGAAGAAGAAGAAGGUCCAGCAAAAGCAUCCAAAGUGCAGGUUCCAACUACUCAGCUUGUCGGGGGUGUAGUUCCUGGACAAUUAGGUGUUGCAUAUCCCCAUGCACCAAACGUAGGGGCAAUACCGUCAGUUUACAACUCUGCAGUACCCAUGCCUCCUACUGGUUGGCCAGUUCCUCCUCGGACACAGCCUUGGUUUCCACAACAUCCAGCACUUUCAGUUACCCCUGUGGGAUAUGCUCGGCAGCCAUUGUUUCCUGUACAAAACAUGAGGCCUCCUCUACCUACAUCUUUAUCAUCUUCUCUCCAACCUUCACAAGUAGGCCCGCCUGGACUGCCAGUGUCCAUGCCACCUGUUCCUGUAUCGCAACCUUUGUUUCCAGUUGUUAGUAGCACUUCAGUGACGCAAAGUCUACCUUUUUUUGCUUCUUUGGCUUCAACAAAUAAUUCACCAAUUGCUGCAGCAGAAGUUAAUCCCUUAACUAAUGCACAUGCUGGAGCAAACCCCCAAAUGACAAGCAGCUUCAAUGGCCCAAGCAUUUCAGGCGGGACAGUGGUCAAUUCACAUUCUUAUGCCUCUGGUCCAAACACCAGUGGUCCUUCCAUUGGACCUCCCCCUGUAAUUGCAAACAAAGCUCCUGCAAACCAACCAGCUGUGAAUGAGGUCUAUUUAGUUUGGGACGAUGAGGCGAUGUCCAUGGAGGAAAGAAGGAUGUCAUCAGCGAAGUAUCAGGUUCCUGAUGUAACUAGCCAGAUACCAUUGUUUACGCGCUGUUACCUAUUUAAAGAGAUGAGCUCUGUUGAUGCAGCCAUAGACAAAAGGAUAUCAGAAAGCAGGCUUGCUGGUCGAAUGGCAAUUUAGAUCAACUGGAGUCUGCAUUAACGUGUUUUUACGGCUGGAAUCUUUAGGUGGAUGGAUCCUUCUAUGGAUACUGGAGAAUUUAUUUAAACUGCAGGAUUCCUAGUGUCAUUCUUACAUCGCUCGAGGUCAUAGAAAAAAGAGUGUUGUGUUCUUUGCAAGAAAUUGAAUUAGAGGGAAACGCAUUCUUUAAUUGUGAAGUGAGAGGGUCUGGAGAAGGAGCAUUACGUAAAAUAUUUUUCCAUCGUUUUCCUUUUUUCCUCUUUUUAUAAAACUUUUUAGGAGUGCUUAGCAAAAGAAAUUGGAGCAUGUUAGGAUACAGUCAUUCUGAACCUCUUGACUUGAAAUUACAUAAAAUUGUCCUAAACAUUUCUUCUUAUCUUCGUCUCUCUCCUUGUUUUGUGGGAGCAGUUGUACACUGUUGCACUGUAGAGAUUAGGAGAGGUGAAGGAGAUGAUGAAGAGUAGAAUGGCAAUGACGGAAAAUGGAUCAUCAUAUCUGUCACUAGAAUCUGUGAUUGGAAACAAUUAAGACAAGCUUUUCCGCUAUGAAUCUGAAUGAAUAAACAAGUUGUCAAUUGUCGAGCAUAUUUCAACACAACCUUGACUUGGAGAACACUGAUAAUAGUCCAGAUGGCAUACGCCAUUGCAGAAUUGAAAAUUGAAUAUCAACCAAAGAAGAGUGGGAACAAAAGAUGUACAUUUCAAGGGGAAAAAAAAAAA